GGGACGGUGACCGCCAAACCGCCGGGAAGGGGAAGAGAGGAUGGCCUCGUAGAUCCCGCCAAGAUCCUGCCUGGACCAAGAGGACGGACCGUGACCGGCGGCAGCCGCGAUGAGAGCUCCGGCCCUCGCCUGAUGCCUCUCCUGCUGAUAAAAAUGAUCAACAAGUCUCGAGGGAAGAUACUCGGGGUGCUGGCGCUGUUUCUGGUGAUGGUUUGGUACUCGAUCUACCGGGAAGACAGGUACAUACAGCUCUUUUAUUUCCCCGUGCAAGAAAACAAGACGACGUGUCCCCUCGGGGAGGUGGAAAAGAAAGCGGCGCAGCUCAUCGGGAACUACACGAGGGACCACCCGCUCUUCUUGCAGCUGAAGGACUAUUUUUGGGUGAAGACGCCGUCGCUCUACGAGCUGCCCUACGGCACGAAAGGAAGCGAAGAUGUCCUCCUGCGCUUGCUGUCGAUCACCCACUACUCGCUGCCUGAGAGUAUCCAGAGCCUGAAGUGCCGGAGGUGUGCGGUGGUGGGCAACGGCCACCGGCUCCGCAACAGCUCCAUGGGGGAGACCAUCAACACGUAUGAUGUUGUGAUCAGGUUGAACAACGCCCCGGUCCAUGGUUAUGAGCAGGACGUGGGCUCCAAGACCACCAUGCGCCUCUUCUACCCCGAGUCAGCCCACUUCAACCCCAGGACGGAGAACAACCCUGACACGUUGCUGGUACUGGUGCCCUUCAAGCCCAUGGACUUCCAGUGGAUGGAGGCCAUCCUCAACGACAAGAAGAGGGUGCGGAAAGGGUUUUGGAAACAGCCCCCGUUGAUCUGGGACGCCAACCCCGAGCGAGUGCGCAUCCUCAACCCUUACUACAUGGAAGUAACUGCUGCUAAACUGCUCAACCUCCCCAUGAAGCAACCACGGAAGGUCAAACAGAAGCCCACCACGGGGUUGUUGGCCAUCACCUUGGCGCUGCACUUCUGCGACCUGGUGCACAUCGCCGGCUUUGGCUACCCCGAUUCGGCCAACAAGAAGCAGACCAUUCACUACUACGAGCAGAUCACGCUCAAGUCCAUGGCGGCGUCGGAGCACAACGUCUCGCACGAGGCGGUGGCCAUCAAGCGGAUGCUGGAGCUGGGUCUCGUCAAGAACCUCACCUACUUCUGAGGGCACCGGGGCUGCGCAGGGA